AUGGAAUCUAUCAAUAUUCAUUGUUCUGCUUUGUUUCCCGCUAAAAAUCGGACUAUAUCACUUACUACUCCUACAGAAGCUUCAGAUUCGUUUACGUUUGUAGUUAUUGCUGACCCUCAGCUUGGUUUACUUGAACAGUAUGUGGAAAAGCGUCCACCACCUCGUCAUUGGGACAGAGAAGUGGAUCUUGUGAAUAGAGCAGUGAGUAUCAUAAAUCGUUUGAGCCCAAAACCAGGGUUUGUAGUCGUUUGUGGUGAUCUCGUUAAUGAUGAACCAGGAUUUGAAGAUCGGGACAAACAAACAUCAGACCUGCUAGUCUCUCUCUCUCAUCUCAAGAGUGAUAUCCCACUCAUUGUGCUGCCAGGAAAUCAUGAUGUUGGCAACUGUCCUAAUAUUGUUGGUGUAAAAGACUAUAUCAGUGUUUGGGGGGAUGAUUAUUUUUCAUUCAUUUUUAACCGCGUGAGGUUCCUCGUGCUCAAUACACAGUAUUUAUGGGAUGAUUCAAAGUGUGAAUCCAUAGCCAAUGAAUUUCGUCAGUGGUUUUAUGAACAACUUUCGUUGAAGAACAAAGACUUUGACACUUCAAUUGUAUUUCAGCAUAUACCAUUUUUCCUGAAUGAUAUAAACGAACCAGAUGAUUACUUCAACAUUCCUAUAAAAUAUCGUAAAGAAAUUGUUGAUCAACUUCACAAAAAUGGGAUUUAUUAUGCAUUUUCUGGUCAUUUGCAUAAGAAUAAUAUCAGCACAUAUACUCCGAGUAUAGACGACAACAACAACGUGACAAAGAAUAUGAAUGAUAAUGAUGGUUCAAAAAAGAAUAAUUUGCCUUUUUCAAUGAUUAGUUCAUCGUCAGUUUGUGUACAACUGGGUAACGAUCAGCCAGGAAUUCGUCUUGUACAUAUUAGUAAACCGGGUGCUGGUGAAAAUUGUUUACAGCAUGCCUAUUGGUCAUUAGAUGAACUGGAGAAGAUUCUAGCCUCUGGAAAACAACCUGAGUUCAACGGACUGAGUCGCUGCUACUCCAAUUCUAGUGCUGUGAAGAUGGGUGGAGUUUAUACCUGUAACAAUGCUACUGCUAAUAGUAACAACAGUAGUAGUUCAAUUAAAAAAUUAUCGUCUACUGCUUUGUUUCGAGCAUCAACAUCUUUAUCACCGUCAUCAAAAGUUAAAGAUCAUCAGGAGACUAACCUUGGUUUGGGCCUUUUUCCUCCAAAAAAGAAGCGUAUAGAUAAAGAAACUGCCAAUUUGAACCCAUCGGGUUUUUUCAAUAUCUCCGGUUAUGGAUUUGCACAAUAUAUCGAUUUAAAGAUGUUACGCUCUUAUCUAUCAAAAUGUGAUUUGUAUGCAUUUCCAACGUUGCCGUCAGAAUUAUACUCUGAAGUUUUGUUAAUUUCUCAGUUGUCUAAUAGAAGACAUACUGAAAAUUAUAAUCCUGUAAAUGUAUGGGAUGCAUUUGUUUUCAAUAAUGGUGUGGUUGUGUUUUGGAAUAUGCCUGAGAAAGAUCAUCAACCAUUUUUGAAACAGUUUCGUGAAUUUAGUCAAGGAUUUCUAGAUGAACACUUAUUUGAACGUGAAGAUUUGCGGUAUUGCUUAAGCGACAAAAGCACUCGACUUGUUGGUGAAGACAUUUACUUACAAACUGUAUCGCCAGAAGAUUUUUCGCAGUUCACAAAACUGCACCAGUCAGAAAAUCAGCAACAACAAAAUUUAGCUUCAGCAGGGUGUUUGGAGUUAACCCCGGUGAUUGAUAAUGCACUACUGGAGAAAUUUGCAUUUUCUGAUGCUUUAGCAUUAUCUGUUAAACUUUCCCUAUUGGAAAAUGGAUUCGACGCUGCAGUUGUUGAAAUCGAACCAUGGAUUGAGAAUAUGAAAACUGGUCGAGGCGCUCGAUUUCGUCGGUCUGCUGUCCUUAAGAAGACGGGUGAAUUAUAUACAAUAAAACACUUAUUGAAUGUGAGUACAAAUUUAAUUGAAACACCAGAUUUCUAUUGGGAAAGACCUGAAGUUGAGAAAUUAUUUGAGAAAUUGAAAAGUGUAUUGAACAUUUCAUCUCGAAUAAGAGUAUUAAAUUCUCGUUUGGAUAUGUGUAAUGAGUUGACAUUGCUUCUUGCUGAUCACUUACGCUCUAUUCAUUCAAUUCGAUUAGAAUGGAUGAUAAUUAUUUUGAUUCUUGUUGAAGUUGUCUUCGAGGCACUGAAUUACUAUGAUAAAUCUAAAAAACAUGGAUAA